CGACCCCUCCCGGAAGCGCCGGCGGAGCGUCCCCACAUGGAGCGGGAGCCGAGCGCCUCCAAGGCGGCCCCUGCGGCGGCCGCGCUCUUCGCCUGGGGUGCGAAUAGCUAUGGGCAACUUGGCCUUGGCCAUAAGGAAGAUGUACUUUUGCCCCAGCAACUGAAUGACUUCUGUAAACCUGAGUGUAUCAGGAGGAUCACGGGAGGAGGGGGCCACUCUGCUGUUGUCACAGAUGGUGGAGGCCUUUUUGUUUGUGGUCUGAACAAAGACGGGCAACUGGGGCUUGGUCACACAGAAGAUGUUCUGUAUUUUACUGCCUGCAGGUCCCUCCUUGGCUGUCCUAUCCAACAGGUGGCCUGUGGCUGGGAUUUUACCAUUAUUCUCACAGAAAGUGGUCAAGUUCUGUCAUGUGGAUCCAACUCCUUUGGCCAGCUGGGGGUUCCUCAUGGCCCUCGAAGAUGUGUGGUUCCCCAGGCCAUUGAGCUCCUGAGAGAGAAGGUCGUUUGCGUUGCUGCUGGACUGAGGCAUGCUUUAGCUGCUACAGCAAGUGGCAUCGUGUUCCAGUGGGGGACUGGUUUGGCAUCAUCUGGACGGCGGUUGUGCCCCGGGCAGACUCUCCCACCGUUUUUGACAGCAAAGGAACCAAGCAGAGUGACAGGCCUGGAGAAUUCUAAAGCAACCUAUGUUCUUGCUGGCUCAGAUCACUCAGCUUCAUUGACAGAUGCAGGAGAGCUGUAUGUUUGGGGAAGCAACAAGCAUGGACUACUGGCUUCCUUGGCUGCUUUUCUUCCUGUGCCCCAGAAAAUAGAAGCACAUUGUUUUCAGAACGAAAAGGUCACUUCUGUCUGGAGUGGGUGGACACACCUGGUUGCUCAGACAGAAACUGGCAAGGUGUUUACCUGGGGCCGAGCAGACUAUGGUCAACUAGGGAGGAAGUUGGAGUCUCGUGAAGACUGGAAACUACAAAAUCAGGAUCCAUCACACCCCUGCUCAGGACCUCCGAAGAGCAUGCCUUCCUUUCUGCCUUGCUUAACAGGAGCAGUUGAGGUCUCCUGUGGCUCAGAGCAUAAUCUGGCAGUGAUUGGAGGGACGUGUUACUCUUGGGGCUGGAACGAACACGGCAUGUGCGGGGAUGGCUCUGAAGCCAACAUCUGGGCCCCGAAGCCUGUGCAGGCCCUGCAGUCAUCACUGGGACUCCUCGUGGGCUGUGGGGCUGGCCACUCCCUGGCCCUCUGCCAGUUGCCGGCCCUCCCUCAGUUGGUCACUGGCUCUUCCCUGGAUGCCCCUGAGGACGCUGAAUCUCAGGAAGCCAGGGACAAAGAGAGAAACCGGAAGGAAAGGCAACCGGACACCUCUACCCAGAGCCAGCCCGGCAGGUCCAGAAAUGGGGGGCUUGUGACAGAGGCCCUUAAAUAAAGUGACUUUUCCCACCCAACGUGUUCCCAGAGGAUUGCUUGGUCAGGUUGUAGGGUCCUGGAGGCCCUAUGGUUGGGCUGACCACAGGCCAGGCUGACCACAGGCCAGGACGAUGGGAGGCCGCCUGGCCAGUGUCUGGGAUUCAAGGACACAGACAGAUGGGAACAAGGACCCUCAUGAAGGCAAUAACAAGAACCCAAGUUGGUUGCAUGGCUGGGGAAUCUGGUCUCUAAGCGACAUUUAAACUAGAAUCACCAAAGGACAUGGAAAACAGGCCUGUUUUCACCUGGUGGGGACAGAAAACCCAGCCCCAUUCCCCACGGUUGUUAUGGUCCAGCAGCCUUCGACUCUCAGGGCCUGGAUGGUUCGAGGAGAUGGAGGUACCCUGGUCAGGCAGGUGGGUACUCGGACGGGAAGAAGUUCUUGUCUUGGUGACUAGGUGCCGGGAGAAGGGAGAAGGCUCUGGACAGGGGGCUGGAAGGAAGUGGCAAUGAGUGAGGGGAAGAAGAGACAGGAAUUCUGGGAAGACCUAACAGAGGAGACGCCUGGGACAGACAAGGGAAUCUAGAACCAGUGAACUCUCAGAAGAUCGGUGUCUUCAUCCGAGCCAGGCAGGAGCCUGGAUCUGGUCUGUAUAAUUAAUAGCCAAGCUGUGUAGUUUCAGAUGAGGGAUGGGCCACAGCAUGGGAAGGGGAGGCUGACCCUAACCCCUGACAUCUGCCCCUCGGCCCUCCUUGCCUCUGCAGGAGGAGGGCCUUCAGGUAAAAUGGGGACCAGGCCAGACCAUAGGCCCCAGGCUUCCCUGGUGACAGCUGUGACUUGGGGGGACAUAGUGCCUCUCUGCCUUAGAAAAUGGCUUUUCUGGGGGGACUGUGUCGCAGUGUUGCCAGCUAGCUAGCCCAGUCUGUGGCCUGUUCCACACCACCUUCCCUCUGUGACUCAGGAGACUAUUGGCUCUGUGAGGGCUAAGCUUUAGGAAGUUACAAAACCCCAGGACAUCAGAGGACCAGAGAGAUGACCUCCUAGCCUAGAGGCCUUCAAAGUGCAUUUGUUAGAGCCCCAGAAGUCUCCUGAGAAUUCAGAGGCCAACGGGUGGGCCAUGGGUGAGGGAAAGCCAUGGGAACAGAGGUCCGGGUCCCCACCCUCCACCUUAUUCACAGCAGUUUUAUUUUCAUCUAUAUUAUAUAUUGGGCUUCACACGAGAUUUCACUUGACAAGGGGUGCUUGAGAAAGUUUUGAAAGCACUGGUCUUAUCCGACAUUUUCAUUAUUCAUUUGGGAAAACAGAGGCCUGUAAAGGGGAAGGGGCCACAUACCUCACUCCUGGCCCAGGGUCCUAAUUGGGAGGUGAGCCAUCCAGAGCCUUGAGCCAGACCAGGGGGGCAGAUGAGGGGCACCCCUGGGACCAGGAGUGGGUUGGCUCAGUGGAGUGGGGAUGGGGCAAUCCUGAGCUGCCCAGGCCUGAACCCAGAGACCACCCAUAGCCCUUGGCUGCCCUUGAACACCAGUGCAUGGAGUCCUGCUCCCGACAUUGUAUCCUAGAAACAGCACUGCGCUGGCCAGCAAAGCCCUUGGUGCCCACCUCCCAGAACCAGCAGAGGCUCGAAUGGGCUCUAAGCGCUUCUGCAAUGAGAAGGACAUCUCUGUGCACUCGGAGCUGCUCUUGCCAAGAUUCCUACACCCGGUUCAGAGGUGGAGCAAUUGGAUGGCCCAGAGAUGACUCAUACUGGAGCAAGCCCGCAGUUACUGGCCGCCCGCCACGGUCCUACAGGAGAAAUGAUCGGCAUCAGACACACAGGUCAGAAAGCAGCCCCACACGGCAUAGUACCCAGGCCCAUACUUCCCAGACGGGCUUACUGCUCACAGGGAGCCAGCACGCUGUCUCCCGCAGCAUGGGCUUCCCUCCCACCUCCUUCAGCACCGGCUGGAAGAAGUCCCAGGUCCAAGUCUUCUGCUGAGCCCCGGUGCCUCUCCCGAGAAAGACGCGUCUCAGGGCCCCUUCCCAGCCUGAAACGAGCAGGCUGCGUCAGCCCUGAGCCUCAGACUGGCUCAGAAGCUGAUUCAGAGCCUUCUUGUAGGCCUGCGGGCGCAGGCCAUCCGCACACAGCGCAGUGAAUGGCUCCCGGCUCUAGACGACACCGCGGAUGGCUCCGUCACCUCGGGUUCCUCCGUUGUGCCUUCCCUACGGUAGCCGCCGGGCUUUCUGCAAGCCCGUCCGCUGGGCCUGAUGAGUGCCCGGAAAUUCCAGGGGGCUGUCGACAGGGUCGCUCAGAUGUUUUCCAGACCCUUUGAUUCCUGUGGUCAUUCUCAGACUUGGAGAUGUCCACGCCCCUCAUUCCAGACAGACCCUGGGCUCUUCGAGAGCAAGGGACCCGGUCUUGGUGGAUUCUGGAACCCCUUCACCAAGGAUGGGCCCUGAUCCACGGAGGAAGUGCCCGGGAAGUGUUAACGAAUGAACUGAUGAGUACACUCUUAGGGCCACCAUGGGGUGGGGAGGCUGAAUGAGGGGGUCACACGCCCUCCCACCCGCCUGCCCUCUGCUUGUCUCUUACACGUGGGUGAGAACUGUACCGUGCAGUCAGAACUAGGUGAUAGUGAAGGUCAGUAUCCUCCGCCGGGUUAGCUAAUGUGCCAUGGGGGCCAAUGCGAGUAAAUACCCAACCAUUUUUAAAAAUUCCUUUUUUUCUGAUAGGCCAAGUAGAUUGGCCUUUGUAUUCCUCCCGAGUGAGAAGGAGAAAGGGAACAGAAGGGGGGCGCGAGCCCCACCGUGUGCUCACAGGUCAUGGGCCUGGCGUCUGCGGACACUGUGUAUGGUCGCCACAUUCCAGGUGUGAGUGGGCUGUUCAUACCCUCACCUGUCUGCCACAUACUCUCCCUUCUGGGCCACAGGCACCCCCCUUCCCUUGAUACCCCCAAGAGAUACCCUCUUGGUUCCAGUAGGCUGUCAGAUCCAAACUAGAUGAGGCUGUGCUUGCAAAGGUGAAUCUGGGCCCGGGGCUCAGAGGAAAGUGCUUUUUCCUCACCCCUGCCCCCCGCCCCCCGCCCCCCGGGCACCUGCCAGUUCCGAGGAAAGAGGCUUAGUCAUAGAUGGGACUUGGGAGUUAGCACAUUAGGUGGGACAUGGUGGGACGGUCAGAGAGAGUAAGGGCAGGUGUUCAAGCAGGAGAGUGAGGUGGCCAGACGUGUGUACGGAAGGCUCUGAGCAGCAUGUAAAGUGGCCGCUUCCCUCAUACCCACGGUGCUUUAUGAAGGCUGGCAGGAGGCCGGGUCCUGAGGGCCCUGGGAUUUAGGACCAGCCACGCUAGUGUUCCUAUCAGUUCCAGAUUCCAGUCCCAGGAAGACCCCAGUUAGCUUGUGACGGCUUCACCUGAGCCCUGGAGUCAGCCCGCCUAGGUUAAAAUCUUCCUUCAUCUUUCAUUGGCUGGGUGCCGUUGGGCCAGUUACUUAGCCUCUCUGCACCUGUCCUCUAGCCUCUAAAACGGGCCGGUGGAAUUACUGUGGGCUGUCAUCAGACCAUGUUUCCCAGAUGCCCCCCAUGUGCAGACGCUCGGUGUAUGUUCAUCUCUUUUCCCCAUUAGCUACUAUGUCCCGGAAAACCCACACUGCAAAUGGCUUUGUGUUUAGUCCACUGGAGGCCACCAGAGGUGCUUCCUCCAAGCGGGCUCCCAGUAGAGUGAACACGGUGUUCCCUGCGGCAGCUGAGGCUGCUUGGCUUUCACAUCCCGAUACUUGUGAACGGCUGUGACACACAUAGUGUGACCUGGCAGUUCUUCGGCUACAUGGCCCCUUGGGCCUUACUGUACCCGUUGCCCCACCAACCCCCCGCCCUUGGUUCCUGGGCCACACAGGCAAAGCCUCCGAGGGGACAAGGCACUGCUGGAUGAGAACUCACACCCACCUUCAGCCUCCCACCCACCCAUCUGACGGCUGACUCAGGCCAUGCUGGGGGCAUCAAGGGAGCUGAAAUCCAGGGAGACUGACACCCACUUGUUUGUGGCCCUGGGAAGACCAUUCUCUUCUGUGGACUUCACUUCAUCUAUAAAAUGCUCAGAGGCUGACGGCCAUGACCGUUAGGGACUUUCCACCUGAACAUUCCUGGAUUCUCCAAUGCAUAAGAAAAGAAUUGGAACCCAGUCCCUACUCUAUCCCUCAUGAGAAACCAAGUGAACAACCCGUGCAGAUCAAGAUCCCUGAGAGAGGGCUCCUCCCCUUCAAGAUGCCUCCUGGCUGAGUGUGAUGUGUGCAGUAAGGUGGUCUGGCAAACUGGACCCAGCAGGGUGCAGCUGGGCAGGGCACCCAGACCUGUCAGUCAGUCCCCUGCCUCUGUCACCAUCAGAUUCAUGAAUGGCCCUACGAGGGACGUGACGAAGGUCUGCACAGGGACUGCGGGCUCUGACAUGGCCAGAUUCAAGGAGUCAUCAAUAUGGCAGGACUCGCAGAGAAGUUUCCGCGUCAGCGAACCCCCUAGAGGAUGUGCUCCUUUUAGGGUCAAGUCUUGGUAUGCCCCAUCCCUUCUGAGAACUGUCUCCGCCCCAGACCAAACUGGAAGAGCCUGUUUUUUCCCAGCAGGAGGGACAGCCAGCACCUUGGGGCCAGGGUUCAGGCUUACCCGAGCCCAGCCCAGCCCAGCAGGCCUGAUGACAGGCAGAACCGAAUUGCGACACUGCCCAGGGCAAUAAAAAUCCAAGAAUCCGUGCUUCAUCUCAAAAGUCAGCUUUUUAUUAUUGAGGGCCAGGGCCCAAGGAGGGGAGGGUGUUGAGCUAAAGCAGCAUUGCUCUCUUUCCAGGAAAUGUUGCGAGCUGCAGUGAAAGCUCGAGAUGUUGCAUUUUUUUUCAACUCAAGCAUGUGUUUUUCAAAAAUAUCAUCCUUCCCCACCCCCCACCCCACCACUAAUUUUAGAAUCAGAUCAAAGCCAAGCUACUGUCCUCUGUUUCUAUUGGGAAAAUACUAUAUUUAUUCAAGAUGCAGAAGUGGGUCUCUGCAAACCUCCGAUUGCUUCAGGAAAACAAAUCUGCUUUAGACUAUACAGAAACCAUGAUACAAAAUUUAUUUCAUGCUAGAAUCGCUUUGCAUAACAUUGGGCAUGCAGUUUUUUACUCUGAAGUACUAAAUUGCAUACAAUGCCAGGUUGUGCCUUAAUAAAGGUAGAGGAGGGCCGCCCCUCCCGUGGUCCUGAUCGUUUGGUGCUCUAAAGGAACACUCGGAAGAUCCGUACGGUGCGGAUUAUUUACUACGAACAACUUGUUAUGAGAGCUGGUCACACUGGAUCUACACACCAAGAAGAUGAUAGAAUCAGCCUAGACUAGCCGCUGUCAGGGGUCUUGCGGAGACGUCCGCUGGGUCACAAGCAGGCCAGACAGAGAGGGAAGAAAGCAGCAGUGCACGUUUCCACAAUUCUAUUUGGAGCAAAGUUCUCAGUUUCCGCGUGAGAGAUGCGCUAUGAAGGUGAGGUCAAUAUGACCAAUGACUGACCGACUGCCCUUUUUGGAACCUUGACUCUCGAGCUCGUGUACAAAAAGGGAAGCCGUCCAUUCCCCAUCCCCACCCCCACCCCACCCACCCCCAGAAACGUACAGGUUUCUACCAAAUGCCGUUACAGUCUGGCUCCAGCAACGUGUGUAAAAGUAAAGAGCUUUGAAAGAAAAUAGAGGACUUUUGCUUUUUUUUUUUUUUUUUUUUCUUGUUGUUGUUUAGGGUGAUCGUUACAGUUGCAGGGGGUUGGUGGGUUUGGUUUGCUGGGUUUUCUGUUUAACUUCAUGCAAGUCAUGCUAAGGAACCCCGCCACCUCCCUCCCCGAAUAAAAUAAAAUGUAAAAAAAAAAAAAAAAAAA